AAAAAAAAAAGAGAACAGAUAAAAUCAGAAUGACCCCUUGAUAGUUUCAUACUCGUCACUGAUUCCCAGCAGACGAACAGAGAUUUCUCAGAGGAAUUCAUAACUCACUUACCCACUUUGAUUUGCCCAUCUUUCAUCUCUGAAAGAUUGUUUAUUCGAUCUACGAAUUUCAGAUAUGUCGAAGAUUUGGCAGAGAGGGAUUCGAUAUUUCUCCUAUGCUUCUUCGAUCGAGAAAGGGCAGAGUCGUGUCAUUGAUGCUUCGUUAACUCUCAUUCGUGAAAGGGCAAAACUCAAAGGAGAGUUAGUGCGUCUCAUAGGAGGAGCCAAAGCUUCAGCAUCUCUUCUUGGUGUACCUCUUGGCCACAACUCUUCUUUCCUUCAAGGUCCUGCUUUUGCUCCUCCAAGAAUCAGAGAAGCUAUUUGGUGUGGUAGCACAAACUCCUCCACUGAAGAAGGGAAGGAGCUUAAGGACGCACGGGUUCUAACUGAUGUUGGAGAUGUUCCGGUACAAGAGAUUAGAGAUUGUGGGGUUGAUGAUGAUAGGCUGAUGAAUGUAAUUAGCGAAUCUGUAAAGCUUGUGAUGGAAGAGGAACCAUUACGUCCACUGGUAUUAGGUGGAGACCAUUCCAUAUCUUAUCCGGUUGUUAGAGCGGUUUCUGAGAAACUUGGAGGACCUGUGGACAUUCUUCAUCUCGACGCACAUCCUGAUAUAUAUGACUGUUUUGAAGGCAACAAGUACUCUCAUGCAUCUUCCUUUGCUCGUAUCAUGGAAGGUGGCUAUGCUCGGCGUCUUUUACAGGUUGGGAUCAGAUCAAUAAACCAGGAAGGACGGGAACAGGGCAAGAGAUUUGGAGUAGAACAGUAUGAGAUGCGAACCUUCUCAAGAGAUCGCCAAAUUUUGGAGAAUCUGAAACUAGGGGAAGGAGUGAAAGGUGUGUACAUCUCGAUCGAUGUGGACUGUCUUGAUCCGGCAUUUGCACCAGGAGUGUCCCACAUUGAGCCAGGAGGUCUCUCUUUCCGAGACGUACUUAACAUCUUACAUAACCUUCAGGGAGAUGUUGUUGGGGCUGAUGUUGUCGAGUUCAACCCGCAACGUGAUACUGUUGACGGCAUGACGGCAAUGGUGGCCGCUAAGCUUGUUAGAGAACUAGCCGCAAAAAUCUCGAAAUGAAUCAGAAUGGUAUGUUGGAGUUCCUGGUUUUGCUAUGUUUCUUUGUUUUCAUUGUUCAAGUUUGUAAUAUUUCGGUUUAGGUUCUUGAGAAGUCUGGCCCCGUAGACAGAACAGUCAUAGAUAUGAAUAAGAAUGCUUACACUAUAUAUGGUCAUGCAUCGCAGGAGAAAAUGUAAAUGAAAGACUAACUCAUUUCCUAAAUGUCUAAAUUUUUUUGCCA